UUGCAAUAUGUCGGAUGAAAUGUUUUUGCGCGAUUGUGGCCCCGUUGUUGGCUGAUUGUGGUUGGUUGUGGUCGCACUCUUACCUUCCGAAAUGACUUGCUCAUCGUGUCCACAAGUUCCGCGAUAUCGGCCUAAGCAAAAUUCACCAGUGAACAAUUAAAAAUCACCACGUGAUACCCAAACAACACGAGUGAAUCGAUCAAAGUCGAGGGUAAAAUUGAUCCACCCAGUUGUGAAAAAUCAUUUCACUUGUGCUGUUAACUAACCGCCCGUCGGGGGGGUGGGGGGGUCACAAGAAUUCGUGAGGGGUUCAAUGUGUGUGCAACACAAAGAGAGAGAAAAAAUAAUCGGAGAGGAGUAGUCGGGUCAGAGCCUGGUGAUUGAUACUAAAGAGAAAAAAAAUAUCGUCGAGAGAAAAAUUGGGAUUAACUCCAGUGGAAAAUCUAUUGAAAUUGGAAACGACAAAAAUUAAAUGUAGAGUACUUCAACAAUAGUGAGAACAAUUGUUCCCGAAAGUUUGUGGGGUGUAUAAAUAAAUAAUUGGGUGGUGAUGGGAGCUAAAACAAGUACAGUGGCACAAGCUGCUGGUGGUAAUGGUCAAUCGUCGACUGGCGGUAAUGACACGACCAUUCAGGGCUUCUCGAUAUUGCGAUCGUUGCCGGGUGGUGUUGGUAUGCUCCAGCAGCAUCAACAAACUAACCAAACACAGGGGUCGAGGGUGCCUGGGGACAGCAGACAGCGGGCGAGAUCGUUGAGCUCAGUGCCAGAUUUGUCGUCUGGUGAACAGGGUAAUUUGGGAAAUUCGGUCGGAGUUAAUGUUGGUCAGGCACUUGGACUUGGAAAUCUUGACUCGGAUGAUGGGGAUGAGGACAGUGGGAGGGUCUAUGCUGCUCACAGUUUGCCGUCUCAUAUAUGGUCUUUAAAUGGUCUCAAGUGUCCUGUGUGCUCCAAAUUUAUACUACCGGAUGAUAUUGAGUGCCACUUAGUUAUGUGUUUGACGAAACCACGCCUUAGCUACAACGAGGAUGUAUUGGCUGAUGAGAAGGGGGAGUGUGUCAUUUGCUUAGAGGAACUACAGCCUGGUGAUGUGAUAGCCCGUUUACCAUGUCUUUGCAUAUAUCAUAAAAAUUGCAUCGAUAAAUGGUUUCAAGUGAACCGUAGCUGCCCCGAGCAUCCGGGCGAUUGAUUUUGUAAUUGUUGAGUUUGCAAGAGAUUU